AUGGAGGGGGCGGAACCCAUUGAGAUAAGUGGUGGAGGGAUGGAGACCCAAGUGGGUUGCGGUGCCACCCCGGGUGGCAGCGGCAAGAAGAGGGUCUCUCCGGGGACUGUGGGCUUGCAGGCGCACCUCAUUAUCAGGGACCUUGGAGAAAUUCAUUCAAGACUUUUAGAUCACAGACCAGUCAUUCAAGGUGAAACCCGUUAUUUUCUGAAAGAAUUUGAAGAAAAACAUGGCCUUCAAGAAAUGAGAGUUCUUGAAAAUUUGAAGAAUAUGAUCCACAAAACAAAUGAACACAGCCUUCCCAAAUGUGGAGAGACAGUGCAGGACAACUUAAACCAAGUUCUCCAGAAACCGCAAGCAGCUAAUCACUCAGUCUGUAGACUCCCAAAGAGGGAGCAGGAACAAAGAAAGAUUCAUAGUGAGCAUUUAAUAGCUAGUGAAAAACAGCAUGCAAUCCAGUGGGAAGAUUUCAUGAAAGAGCAACACAACAAAUGGGCUGAAGUGGACAAAGAGCAAAAAAAAAUCCAUGGAGAGACUUAA